AUGACAUCGGAUCUUAAUUUAACUACCGGAGCCCUCAAGGGGAUCCUAUCCAACAAGGAAUCGCAGUUGUAUGCAAACAAACCCAUUGUAGCACAAGUUUCCAAUGUCAAGAUCAUCGACCACAAAGAUGACCAGGGCCAAACAUCAGUCAGAUAUAGAGUAUUGUUGAAUGACGGUGCAUACUCAUUGCACGGAGUCAUUCCAAGUGAAUGUGUUCCAUACUGUGAAAGCCACGGCUUCAAGAAGACCUCUGUCAUCAACAUCAAAAAAUAUGAGUUGGUUACUGGCCAGAAGCACAUUAUGGUGAUCCAAGAUUUAGAAGUUAAGCAGGCCAGUAGUGCUAAAUUUGGUGGUACUUUGAUAAGCGUUGAUAGUUACUACGAAGAGCACCCUGAAGAAGACACUUUAGAGUUGGCCAAAAAGCAGCAGCAACAGCAAGCAGUUAAGUCGACUUCUCCUCCCUUUGACAAUACCCCAACUCCUGCUACAGCUAAGGGACAUGGAAACGCUGUAUCGCCACCUCUUCGCCAUGUUAACGCCAUCGAACAGCUCUCACCUUACCAAAACCAGUGGACCAUCAAGGCUCGUGUUUCAUACAAGGGAGACAUCCGUAAGUGGUCUAAUGCUCGUGGUGAAGGUAAGCUUUUCAAUGUGAACUUACUUGAUGAAUCCGAUGAAAUUAGAGCUACUGCGUUCAACGAUAUGGCUGAUAAGUACUUCCAAGAGCUCGAAGAGGGUAAGGUGUACUACGUCUCGAAAGCAAGGAUUCAACAAGCCAAACCCCAAUUCUCUCAUUUAUCUCAUCCUUAUGAGCUUUCUCUUGAUAGAGACACCAUUGUGGAAGAGUGCUUCGACGUUAGUAGUAAUGACGUGCCAAAAAUCAACUACAAUUUUGUAAAAUUGGAUCAAUUACAGAACAUAGAACCAAACUCCAUAACUGAUGUAAUUGGUGUGUUACAAAAAGUUGAACCUGUUUUCCAAAUUACUGCUAAAUCCACCGGUAAGCCUUUCGAUAGACGUAAUGUUACCAUAGUAGAUGAUUCAAACUUUGCAAUCUCAGUCGGUCUUUGGAAUCAGACAGCAGUUGAUUUCAGCACUCCAGAAGGAUCUGUGGUUGCAUUCAAAGGUUGUAAGGUAUCAGAUUUUGGGGGUAGAUCGUUAUCAUUGACACCCGGUGGAAGCUUCAUUACAAGUCCCGAUACUGCAGAAGCAUUUCAAUUAAAGGGUUGGUACGACAAUAAGGGUAAGAAUGAAACUUAUCAGACUAUGAAAUCUGAAGCAGGUGCUGGAUCCAAUUCGUUAUCGUCUGACCGUAAAACUAUUCUUCAAGCACAAGAUGAGAAUUUAGGACUAAACGAAAAGCCUGAUUUCUUCAACAUCAAGGCAACAAUUUCUUUCUUGAAGACCAAUGAUGGAAACUUUUGCUACCCAUCAUGUAAUAACGAUGUUAAUGGUUCUCCAUGUAAUCGUAAAGUAGUAGAUACACACAACGACGGUUGGAGAUGUGAAAGAUGUGAUAUCACAUUCGCAGAACCUGAAUAUAGGUAUAUUUUGAACAUAUCGGUGAUGGACUCUACAGGACAGCUUUGGAUGACUUUAUUCGACAAAGAAGCAAACACUUUAUUAGGCUUGUCUGCAAACGAAUUACGUAAGUUAAAGGAGCAGAGCGAUAAUAAUGAAAAUGCUGAAUUCCAACAAGUAAUUGAAAAGGUCACCAUGAAGGAGUACAGUUUUAGAGUUAAAGCUAGACAAGAUAGUUAUAAUGGUGUAACAAGGAUAAGAUACCAAGGGAUGGCAAUUUCACCUGUUGAUUUCAGUGCUGAGUGUGACUUAUUAUGUAAGGAGUUGGACUCAAUGUUGGCUUAA